AGACACCGUAGUAGACAGGAAUUAACACUUCAUCUCGCUUUCUUUUCUUUCUUUCUUCUUUUCAUCCGUUCAUUCUUCAUCAACUCGUCCUUCCUGUUCUUUUCUCGCAUUUCUCUCUCACACUCAGUGGACCCCAAGGCCCUUUUUCCACACAGCUCUACCCUCUUUAAUUGAGACCAUUUUACCCUCACCAAUGACCCAUCCUACUAUCUUCCGUCUUGAUUGUAAAGCCCAGUCGUACGACUGGGGAAAGAUUGGCUCCUCCUCCAAGGUUGCAAGGUUUGCUGCCACUUCGCCCGGCUUCACUGUCGAUGAGAGUCGUCCUUAUGCAGAGCUGUGGAUGGGUACUCAUCCCAGUGGUCCAUCGACUUUGUAUCAGUCAGAUAAAACGCUAGAGUCUGUGCUGAAGACCUAUCCCCAUCUGUUGACGCCUUAUUUCUACGGAAAAUACCAUGGCCAUCUCCCUUUCUUGUUCAAGGUCUUGUCUAUCAACAAAGCCCUAUCUAUCCAGGCACAUCCGGAUAAGGAACUUGCAGAGAGACUCUUCAAGGAACGACCUGAUAUCUACAAGGAUGAUAAUCACAAGCCUGAAAUGGCCAUCGCAUUAACAGAGUUCGAGGCCUUAUGCGGAUUCAGGCCGUUACAACAGAUUUCGGCAGCAUUGGACCAAUGGCCUGAAUUAUGGGCUCUGGUUGGAGACAAGGAAGCAAAGGAUUUUCAGGAUGCAGUGGCGCGAACCCAAACCAUCGAGGGUAUCAAAGGUAUCAAAGAAGGACGUCAAGCAUUAAGGAUAUUGUACACAGCCGUUAUGACAGCAGAAGCGUCGAAAGUCAAGCUCGAAUUAGAUCGCUUGAUCAGUCGCUUGAAUACCAAUGGCGCAGCUUACCCAUCACAAUCGAUCGAAGAGCUCCUGUUGAGGAUCCAUUCACAGUUCCCAGGCGACGUGGGGUUAUUCUCAUUGUUUUUCCUCAACUAUAUUGUUUUGCGGCCUGGCCAGGCUAUCUUUUUAGCAGCUAAUGAACCCCAUGCGUAUUUGAGUGGAGAUUGUGUGGAAUGCAUGGCAGCUAGCGAUAACGUCGUUCGCGCAGGAUUGACACCAAAGUUUAAGGACGUUGAGGUCCUGACCCAGAUGCUGACUUACCAGACCAAAUCCAGUACGGAUCAGCUACUGUCAGGCGUUCUUUGUACACCUACGGGCCACUCUUUGAUGUAUGAUCCUCCUAUUGAAGAGUUCUCGAUCAUUUUGACAACACUAGACCAUGCCAAGGAGAAAGAGCGUCUUCGUGGAGCUGAGGGCCCGAGUAUGGUGAUUGUUACCAGGGGUAAAGGGGUUAUCCGGUCGGAGAAGAACCACGAAACUGAUCCAGAUGUAGUGGAGUUGAGUGUUGAGGCUGGAAAUGUUUUCUUUGUUGGGGCCAACACGCCAUUCUCGAUCGAAGCGUUAUCGGAAGAAGGGGUGACCAUUUAUACCGCAUUUUCUGUCAGACCUGACAAGAAGGACCAUUUUCAUCACUGAGUAAAAGAGAAAAAAAAAACUAUAAAAUAAAAUGCAAGGAAAGUAGUGCUAUUGCGGCAGUUAGAGGUUUAUCCUAUUUGUUCUGCAAGAGUGCGUUGUACUG